AUGAAGUUUGUAAAGCAACUGGUUGAUUGUCAGAGAAUUUCUUUUCCACCUGGGGUUUUAUGUAAAGGAACAUCAAAAGAUAAUAAGGAUUAUGUGUUGAAAAUUUGGGGCCGUUGUGCUAUCUACCACAAACCAAAAGAAGGAAAGUAUUGCAAAUGUAGUCUUUCUGUUAAGGAAGAUAUUAGUAAAUGUACUUUUUGUAAGAGAUCUUGCAUUGAAAAAAGAAAGAAAGAAUUGUUAGAUGAGGAAGAUACUGGACCAUUUAUUUUUGGAAAAUUUCGUGUAUUAGAAAGCUCAUCAGAUGAUACAGCUAAUAAACUUAAUGAAAUUAGACUAGAUAAUGAGUACAAAAAACAAAAAAUUAUAGAUAAUCUUAGUGUUGGAUCAACAAAUAUCGAUAUUAUUAGUAAUUUAGAAGAUAUACCAACAUCCUAUGUUGAUACAUAUUCAGGUUUGAAAGCACUCUCAAAGGAUUUAGAAAAGUUAAAAAAUAGAGUAGAACAUAUACCAGAAAAAAAGUUUUACCCAAAAAAUUUCUUGUUUUAUGGUGAUUCUGGAUCCGGAAAAACAUCAUUAAUUCAAAAAAUAAGCAAGGUAUUAGCAAAAGGAAAAGAUAUUUGUAAGAAAGCAAAUGAUUCAAAAUAUUUCGAUGAAUAUAAUAAUCAAGAAGUUAUUUGCAAGCAAGAGCUAUCACAUGAUACUUGGAAGUUUCAAGAUCUGUUGAAUCUUUGUGAAAAAGAUGAAUACAUUAUCAAGCAACGAAACAAAAAACCUAUAGAGGUUGUGUCAAAGUAUAAUAUUUUUACGGCUCAAGAUUUGUUUGAUGAUAUAUUCAGCUUUAAAAAAUAUUUUUUUGAUAAUAGAGUUCAUGUUAAAAGAUGUUGGAAUGAUAUGUUGAUGGAAAGGUUAAUUAUGGUUUUACCUGGUUGGAAUCUGAUCAACCAGUUUGCGGAAGAUAUUACUCUAGAAGAAGCAAAGAAAUACAUUUACGAUGAUGAUUUUGAGAAUUUGUAUGAACAUGAUGGUGAUGUUUUCAUGAAACGAGAGAUAGACAUGAAUGUAAAUUCUGAUCUUCCUUCCAAUAUCAUUAUUCCAGAUAAUAUAGAAUCAUUGCAUAAGAAUUUACAUCAAAAAUUGCAUUGGGUUGACAUAAAGCCCAUUAAUUUUAUUGAAAAUAAUAUAGAAUUGAUAGUACUAGAACCACAAAUAGAAUCAAGCACUAAACGUAAACUAGAUGAUACAGAAAUAGAAGAUAGAGAAAAAGAAAAACAUGUAAAGCUUGAUUAA